GACAGCACCGUUCCAUUCCAGUCCGAUCCCCAAGCAGAGGACACUCGAUAGGAUCGUCAUAGCUGGAGAGGUCGAUGAUGCUCAAUGGCGCCCUCUUCUUGCUCGCCUGCGCGGCAGCACGAGCUGCCGCUUCCGGCGGAGACGGCCCGCUGCUGAACGGGAACUUCGAGUACGCGCCCAACAGGUCCCAGAUGAACGGCACGAGGGUGACGGGGGCGAGCGCGAUCCCGUACUGGAAGGUCACCGGCUUCGUGGAGUACAUCGAGUCCGGCGCGAGGCAGGGCGGCAUGGUCCUGACGGUGCCGGAAGGGCGGCACGCCGUGCAGCUGGGCGCCGGCUCCUCCAUCCGGCAGCAGCUCAGCGUGACGCGCGGCAAGUACUACUCCAUCACCUUCAGCGCCGCGCGCACUUGCGCCCAGUCGGAGAGGCUUAGAGUCUCGGUCGUCCCCGGCGACGACGACGUGGCCGACGAGCUCCCCAUCCAGACGGUGUACACCAGCAGCGGCUGGGACUCCUACUCCUGGGCCUUCAAGGCCAAGCAGGGCGCCGUGUCGUUCAUCAUCCACCACGGGGACGACCACGAGGAGGACCCCGCGUGCGGCCCCAUCGUCGACUGCGUCGCCAUGAGAGCGCUCAACCCUCCUCGCGCCACCCACAACAACAUGCUGGUAAACGGGGACUUCGAGGAGGGGCCGUACAUCACCCCCGGCUCGCCGUGGGGUGUCCUGGUGCCGCCGAUGGACGAAGACGACACCUCGCCGCUGCCGGGCUGGAUGGUCAUGUCCUACUCCAAGGUGGUGAAGUACAUCGACUCGGCGCACUUCCGGGUGCCGCACGGCGCCCGCGCCGUGGAGCUGGUGGCCGGCGUGGAGGUCGCGCUGGUCCAGGAGGUGGCCACCGUCCCCGGCAGCUCGUGCAGGCUGCAGUUCUCGGUGGGCGACGCGGCCAACGGGUGCGUGGCGUCGCCCAUGCGCGUGCAGGUGGCCACGGCGCGCGGGAGCAAGAGCGUGCCGUACAGCUCGAAGGGCACGGGCGGGUACGCGCGCGACGCGCUCGACUUCACGCCGGACGGCAACAGCACGCGGGUGGUGUUCUACAGUGCCGGCUACCACACGACGUCUGACGGCAGCGGCACGCUCUGCGGGCCCGUCGUCGACGACGUCUCGCUCGUCUGCGUUUCACGCCCGCAUGCUCGCCGGUUGCUCCGCUGAUGCGUUGCAGUGCUGGUAGAGCUUGAAUUUUCAGGAGAGCGGCUAGCUGGGCAAGUCCAGCGAAUUGGGCAUUGUAGGCCGACGAGGUGGUGUAGAUCCAUUGGAAGCGGGUCGAUUUUAGAAUCUUGUGCUCCAGGUUGUUGUAUAUUGACCGUGACCAGCUUUUCUCAAAGAGCGGCGAAUUGCUGGAUUUGCA